AUGUCGCCUAAACAGCACAGAUGCUCUCACGCCACAUCGAGUGCGGAGCGGCGGGAGCAUCUAUACAAAAUCCUGGUUAUUGGUGAACUUGGUACAGGGAAGACCUCUAUAAUCAAACGAUAUGUCCACCAGUUCUUCAGCCAGCACUACAGAGCAACCAUUGGCGUGGACUUUGCACUGAAAGUGCUUAACUGGGACGCGAAUACGAUUAUACGACUUCAAUUAUGGGAUAUUGCAGGGCAAGAGCGGUUUGGCAAUAUGACCCGUGUCUAUUACAAAGAGGCUGUUGGCGCGUUCAUAGUGUUCGACGUAUCGAGAGUUGCGACAUUUGACGCGGUGGUGAAGUGGAAGAACGACCUCGAUACAAAGGUUCAACUACCGGAUGGAUCGCCCAUACCCUGCAUAUUAUUGGCGAAUAAGUGUGACCAGCAAAAAGAAGGAAUAGUGAAUUCACCGGCUAAAAUGGACGAAUAUUGUCGGGAAAAAGGCUUCGCGGGAUGGUUUGAGACGUCGGCCAAAGAAAAUAUUAAUAUUGAAGAGGCGGCCAGAUCUUUAGUUAAUAAGAUUCUUCUUAACGACAAACUGCUUCAGAACAACGACAAGGACGGCGAAAGGAUCGCACUGGACCACAAGAUCGCAAAUGGCGAGAACAGUCGAGACCUCGGAGGGAAUAAAAGUUGCGCCUGCUGA